GGAACCGCAUGAGAGGGAACUGGGGAAUCGGAGCUGGAAAACUGGGAGUGCUGGGUGAGGAAGGACUGGGAGAACUGGGCGACCUGGGGGUGGUGGGGCUGGGGAAACUGGAGAAUCACUAGUGGGAAACUGGAGGUAGGACCAGGGCAGGACUGGGGCUACUGGGAGGGUCAGCGGGGCAGGACCGGGGGCACCUUGGGGGGACCCGAGUGCAGAACUGGGACAGAGUUACUGGAAAAAUAAUGGCGGAGAGGCACUGCGAGAGCUGGGUUCUCUGGGUUCUCAGUUUCCGGGUGGGAGGACUGGGGGUACUGGAGAAUCUGGGCUGGAAAACCGAGGGUUUGGAGAAUGACAAGUGAGAAACUGGGGUAGGACCAGAGCAGAGCUACUGGGAGCAUCAGGAGGGCAGGACUGGGGGUACCUGGGGCCCCUUGACUGCAGAAUCAGGACAGGAGUUGCUGGAGGGGGACAGGGAGAACUGGGUGAGCUGGGUGGGAGGACUGGGGGUACUGGAGAAUUGGGACAGGGAAAAUGGGGGGGAGAAUUGGGAAGAUCAGGAGAAGCAGGACUAGACUUAGAGGACAGGAAUUGGGGGAGAGACACUGGGAGAACUGGGCUUUCUGUGGGGAAGGAUUUGGGAUUUCUCAAAGGUCUUUACAGUGUUUGGGCUCCAUGUGGGGAGGUCUAGGGGGGGUCUGACCUUGUCGAGGGCAGGAGAGCUCCAGGACUUUACCUGGGGCUUGGGGACACUGCUCAGAGCCCCUUAUCUUGUUGGAGCCUCUGACCCUCCCAUGGUGGUGGCCCUGGGGUUUUGGGGGAUGGUGGUGGAGCACAAGGCCUGAGUGAUGGAGAGUGGGGAGCUGUUGGUGCCUCAGGUGAGGGGGGCAGCCUCCUGCUGGGGAUCUGGGGGAGCCUCUGGUGGGGCUGCUUGGCCUCACUGGGGCCCAGCUGGGCUUGGGAGUGGCUGAGGAGAUGGGGAAGGCUCCAGGGGGAUUUUCUGGAUCCUUUUACUCGUGUUCCCUGAGUUGGUGGUACCAGAUGUGCUCCGUGUGGGAUUGCAUACAGGAACCCUGUGCCCCAGGACUCUCCCUUUUUCCAGGAAGAGCUGAAGCCCAGAAGUCCUCACCAUGGAUUUCCAGCACCGCCCAGGGGGUAAAACGGGCAGCGGUGGCGUGGCCUCGGCCUCCGAGAGCAACCGGGACCGGCGGGAGCGGCUGCGGCAGCUGGCGCUGGAAACCAUCGACAUCAACAAGGACCCAUAUUUUAUGAAAAAUCAUCUGGGCUCCUACGAGUGCAAGCUCUGCCUGACGCUCCACAACAAUGAGGGGAGUUACUUAGCACAUACCCAGGGGAAGAAGCAUCAGACCAAUUUGGCCCGACGAGCAGCCAAGGAAGCCAAGGAAGCCCCUGCCCAGCCUGCCCCAGAGAAGGUCAAAGUGGAAGUGAAGAAAUUUGUGAAAAUUGGGCGCCCAGGCUACAAAGUGACCAAACAGAGAGACCCAGAAACAGGCCAGCAGAGCCUUCUCUUCCAGAUCGAUUACCCCGAGAUAGCUGAGAGCAUCAUGCCCCGGCACCGCUUCAUGUCAGCCUACGAGCAGCGCAUCGAGCCCCCGGACCGGCGCUGGCAGUACCUGCUGAUGGCAGCAGAGCCCUACGAGACCAUCGCCUUCAAGGUGCCAAGCAGAGAAAUUGAUAAAGCAGAGGGAAAGUUUUGGACUCACUGGAACAGAGAAACCAAACAGGUAACUGAGGUUUUGUAAUGUCUGUCCUUAUGGGGAGCAGAGCAACUUGAGACAAUGACAUCAGCUCUGUCCUGCUGCCUCUGAUGUUCAAAUCUCUUAGUCCCUCAGUGCACCUGUACAGUGAGAGCUCCUGACAGAGUUCCUCCUGUGUGGGAUUUUGGGAAGGAUUAAAUUUCUGGCAGCAGCAGGAUGGGGCAUAAAUAUCCAGAGAUGAGGAGGCUCAGGGGAGACCUUCUUGCUCUUACACCUCCCUGACAGGAGGGUGCAGCCAGAUUGGUGUCAGGCUCUGAUCCCAGGGAACAGGAGAAAAGCCCAGAGGGAACGGCCUCAGGCUGUGUCAGGAGAGAUUUAGGUUGGAUAUUGGGAAAAUUCCUUCACUUAAAGCAUU